AUGGCUCUUCUGAAUGCGUUCAAGCGGCAACAGGAACACCAGGAAGAGAACACAUCAGAGCAUGCGUCGGAAGAUCCCGUCGAUAUGCCUUCGACCAAGACAGAGGUCGUCGACACCAUCUUCCCCGAUGAAGAGAAACUGAAGGCAACGAGCGAGACCGUGGCUAUCGAAGAGGAAAGCCACAACGACCCAGAAAUCGCCGCAUUGCCUCUCCAGGUGCGUCAGUUGAUCAACCUGACCGACGAUCCGACUCUGCCCACCAUUACCUUCCGCUACUUUGUGCUCUCGGCCAUUUUCGUCAUCCCCGGUGCUUUUCUGUCCCAGAUGAGCUAUUUCCGGACUACCAGUGCAAACUACUCGGUUUUCUUCGUCCAAAUUGCCUGCCACUAUGCUGGACACUUCCUCGCAAGGACACUGCCAAGAUGGGUAGUUCGAGUGCCGGGGACCAGCUGGUCAUUUAGCCUCAAUCCUGGGGCCUGGAGUAUCAAGGAACACGUGCUGGUCACGGUGACGGCGGCCUCGGGGGCGACGUACAACAUGGGGUAUGCUCCGAUUGUCUUGGCUGAGCUCUGGUAUGGAGAGAGAAUCCCGCCGGCCGUUGCACUCUUCUUCAUGCUGGCCAUUGUGUGGACUGGGUACGCUUUUGUGGCUCUGGCUCGACAGAUCCUUCUGCCGGACCCGGAAUACAUCUGGCCGCAAGCCUUGAUGCAGACAAUAUUGUUUGAAACAUUCCGGAAAACCGACACAUCGUCUCGCCUCGCACGUCGCCAGAUGAAAGUAUUCUUCUUUUCCCUGCUGGGGAUGACCAUGUGGCAAUUCCUGCCGGAAUACGUAUUUCCGCUCACCUCGUCACUGGCUUUCCUUUGUAGGGUUGCACCGAGAAACCCAGUAGCCAACUUCAUUGGGUCCGGAAUAGGUGGCAUGGGCUUCCUCAACCUCUCCUUGGACUGGUCCAACAUCAACUGGAAUGGGUCCUCCAUUUUGCUCACUCCAUGGUGGACUCAGGUUAUUUUGUUUCUGGCCUUUGCCUUCAGCUGUUGGGUCUUGCUUCCUGCAGCAAAGUGGGGAAACCUUGGAUCUUUCAAGCAUGGUCUCAUGUCAAAUGGCCUCAUGCUAGCCAACGGCACAAAAUACCCGAUCUCGGAGGUGCUCACUCCGACCUAUCAUCUCAAUGAGACUGCAUACCAGGAGUACGGCCCAAUGUAUAUGGGCUUGCAAAAUGUGUGGGCGACUUUCUUUGACUAUGCUAAGCUGCUGGCUGCGGUGACUUGGAUUGCUACUUUUGGGUUCGUCCAGGUGAGCAGCAACCUCAAGAAGGUCUUCACUCGCAAGAAGGCUACAUAUGCAGCGGGCCAGGGCAUCCACUACCAGUACAACGAUCGCCUCAAUGUCAUUCAGCGACAGUAUAAAGAGAUCCCGUCGUGGUGGUACAUUGCCCUGUUCCUGGUGGCAUUUGUCAUCCUGGUCACCAGCAUUGCGUGCGGGUACCUCUUCAUUCCGAUCUGGACCUUGUUCGUGGCACUUGCCAGUGCAGCGAUCUUUGUUAUUCCCUUUGCCUGGCUGUAUGCCAUCUCGAACUAUCAGCUUGAGACCGGUUCGUUCAACGAGCUGGUGUAUGGCUAUAUGGUGCACACCAAGGCCGGUGAAAAUCAUCAGCACCCUUGUGGUCCGUCUGUCUACGGCUCUAUUGCUGGUGAUGCUUGGUACCGCGCGCAAUAUAUGCUCCAGGAUCAGAAAAUCGGCCAUUAUAUGCACAUCCCUCCCCGUCAGGUGUUCUUCUCCCAGAUCUUCGGUACGCUCAUGGGUGUUCCGAUCAACUACGCUGUCAUCCGCUGGGUCAUGAACACCAAGGGCGAUUACUUGACGGGGAAGAAGAGCGACCCACUCAACCAGUGGACGGGUCAAAAACUGGUCACCUCCAACACGAUGGGUGUGCAGUACGCAAUUCUUGGACCCAAGCGACUCUUUGCUGAGGCGGAGAUGUCCCCGCUCCCCUGGUCCUUCCUCGUGGGAGCCGUCAUCCCUCCUAUCCUGUUCAUCUUCCACCGCAUCUUCCCACGACUACGGAUUGAUUUGUGGAAUGUCAGCAUCUUCUUCGGUGGUCUGGCCAUGUUCUACGGCAAUAUCAGUACGGGGUACACAUCGGCCAUCAUCGGUGCAUACAUCGCGAUGUACUGGGCCUACCGACGUCACUUCGAAGUGUGGAAGCGCUAUAAUUAUCUAGUAGCAGCGGCCUUUGAUGCAGGUUUCAAUCUCAACAUGCUGCUCAUCUUUUUCUUCUUCGGGGCUGGCAAGCAGAUCUCGAUGCCGAAGUGGUGGGGCAACAACGCCGAUUCGGUGGAACGGUGCUUUGCUUUGAAUAGUCAGUAG